AUGCCAUGGGUGGAAGAUCCUGACAGAUGUAGCGCUGUUAGUGGGGUGCUUGGGGGACUGUGGGGGAACCUGCAGCGGAGCUCAGCCCUCACCUGUGGGGUGGCCGCGUGCCCAUGGAAAGGGUCUGCUGACGCGGCCUUUCCCUGCGGCCUCCGCCGGCAAGAGGAGGCCCUGCGCUGUUUUUUCCACCCCAGGGAGUUAGCCAGCAAGAGCAAGUGGUUCUGCGAGGCCUGCGGGACGAAGACGCGUGGAAGCCAGGUCUUGAGGAUGACGCAUCUGCCCCAAACCCUGACCCUUCACCUGAUGCGAUUCUCCAUUCGGAACUCACAGACGGAGAAAGUCUGCCACUUGCUGCACUUCCCUCAGCGCUUGGAUCUCAGUCAGGUUCUUCUGGCUGAGCAUCAAGACUUCACUGAGGACGCAGAGCAGCGUGAAGCACAGUAUGAACUCUUCGCUGUGAUAGCCCACGUAGGGAUGGCAGACGUCGGUCAUUACUGUGCCUACAUUCGGAAUCCAGCGGAUGGAAGAUGGCUCUGCUUCAAUGACUCCAAUGUUUGUUGGGUGUCCUGGGAAGACGUCCAGUGUGCCUAUGGAAAUCAUCACUACCGCUGGCAGGAAACUGCAUAUCUUCUGGUUUACAUGAAGAUUAGAGGUUAAUGGAUAUACUCUAAACCUUCAGAGACUGACAAAUUCAUUUCUUUUCCUGUCAUUGGAUCUGCUGAGUCUUCUAGGAGAUUCUACAAUGAGGAAAAACAUAAAAACUGUAAUAAUUUAAGUCUUAAGUUAUAACCAUGAAUGGUUACUGGUGUGGUUUGGAUGUGGUUUGUCUCCAAAGGUCCUGUGACAGAGGCCUGGUCCCUUGUCUAGCAAUGUUGUGGGGCAGAAUCUUUUGAGAGUUGAGGCUUGUGCAGGGCAUCUGUGGCUCAUGCUUGAAAUUCUAGCUACUCAGGAGGCUUUGAGAGUUCAAAUCCAGAUAGGGCAGAAAAAGCCUUGAGACUUACCUUCCAUUGACAACUGAAACAAAAGCUGGAAGUGGAGCCAUUGCUCAAGCGCUAAUGUGCCGGCUCGGGUGAAAAAGCUCAGGGAUGGACUGCACCUAAGCCCCGCGUUCAAGGCCCAGUAGUGCCCAUGAACUAUUUCAGCUAGGCCCCCAUCUCCCUAAGUUUCCAGAGCCCUUGAAAAUGUCCCACACCUGGAGAGUAAGCAUUCAACACAGGAGCCUGUGUAGGAAAUUCUUAUCCAAACCAUAACUCUUGUGAAUGAGGCACAAUAAGUAAAUAAAGUUAUUUCUU